AUGGAAUUAUUAUUAGCCGCUGGCUAUUUUCGCGUACGGAUCAAAGGAUUGUCUGAGUUCGAUAAAGUGGUCGGCGGACUUGCCUGGAGCAUUCAAGCUUGUAACUUUACUGUUGAUAUCGAUGUUCUUUAUCAAGAAAAUGCUACACUUGGUCAAAAAAUAGCAUUAACAGAACGUAUUGUUCUUGUUUUAUCUCGUAUGAAAUGUCCAAAUCCAAUAGAACCACAUCAAAUUCAAGGUGGAGAUUUUAUACAUAUAUUUCCUGUUGUACAAUGGCUUGUUAAACGAGUAUUUGAACGACGUGCUGAUAUUGGUGAUUUUAAUCGAGCCUAUACAAUAAAUCAAUAUGAUAAACAAUUUGGUGAAACAAUAGAUGAAAUACAGCAUCAACAAACAGUAUCACUUAAACAAAAUGUUGAAGCUAUUCGAAUUCUUCAUCGACCUAAGCGUCGUUAUCGAUGUUUGGAUAGCAAAAAAGCACGUUUAAAUAAUCCCGAUGAAUGCCGUAAACGAAUACAUUCGACACUUGUUGAAUUUGGUCAAGCACAUCAAGUGCUUACAUCAUUUGAUGAUCAUGAGAAACCUCAACAAGAUAUUAAUGCACUUAUUAAAAAUAUGGUUAAUGAAAAAGUAUCUAAAAUUGCAACACAAACUGUACAUACAUUGGUCAAUCAACAACAAGAUACAUUACGUGAAAUUAUCGAAGAUUUCGAAGAAAAAGAAAAAGCUCGUAUUGAAGAAGCUCUUUUAUCUGAAAAUGGUCAACAACAAUUAGCAAUGCGUACAUUUAAACUACAAUUAAAUAAACAAACGGAAAAAAUAAAUACAUUACAGAAUCUUAUUGAACAAGCAAAAAUACAAAAAGAAGAAAAAAGAAAUCUAGCAUUAGAAAUUAAACAAGAAUAUGAGCAAUUAACUACAGAACUUGAACAAAUUGAAGCACAAACAAAAGAUAUUGAUCCUGAAUCACUUAAACGUGUCGAAGCACUUGUAGCUGAAUAUGAAACAAUAAAAAAACAAGAACAAGAACGACGUGCAACUUAUAAAAAUAAGAAAAAUGAACUUGAACAAGAAAUUGCUCAAUUACAAACUCGUUUACAAACAUCAUCUGGUCUAGAUACGGAAGAAAAUGAAAAAAUUAAACAAAUUGAAGAACACUAUCAAUUAGUUGCUGAUCGAUUACAUAAUCAAAGACUUGCUUUAAAAGUACGUGAAAUCUCUGCAAUAAGUCGACAUAUAGAUGAUAUUCCAACUCCAAUUGAAUUAGCUCAAUAUCGUCAAGCAUUUUUUCAAUUAUAUAAUCAAAGUGCUGUUUUAUAUCGACAAACAAAACAAAAUUAUACAUUAUAUAAUACAUUCACUGAUAUGAUUAAUUAUAUGCAAAAAGAAAUAACAUUAAUUGAAUCAAUUUAUCAAGGUUAUCCACAAGCUAUUCAAUCACAAAAUGGUAAAGAUAACUUUCUUAAACAAUUAGAAACUAUUGUUGAAAGUGUUAAACAAAGUCGAAUUAAAAUUGAACUACGCCAACAAGAAGAAAAAUCAAAACGUGAUGCAUUAAAUAUUCAAUUAGCACAAUUAGUUGAUAAAGCUAGACAAUAUACGAAAGUUCUUAAAGAUUUUCAAGAGGCGAUCCGAGAAAAUGAAUAUCUCACUUCAAGAUCUGAAUAA